AUGGCGUUACUAUUAGAUGACUGUAACACUCAUGUCUCUCACAGGACACAACACUUCCAGACUUUCUGUGACAAGCUGCUGACACGAGUUCCUCAUCUCCAUCUGUGGGCGGCAAGUUGCUUUCAUGGAGACGCACCCACCUGCUGGCAAGUGAAAUAUUUAACCAGACCCCUCCGCUCUCCACCGGCAGUCAUCAGGGAAGUCAAGAAGAACGGGAAGCUCACAGUUCGUCAUGUCCAGCCAUACAGUGAGCGAGGUGUGCCCGACCACACAGACGGCCCGCCAGUCAGACGACUGUAUCACCGAGGUCUGAGUCACGCAGGUCACAGGUCAGUUGACUGUGUCACGUGCGGUCUUGACGUGGUCAGCUUCCUACGCAGUCUCCGUGUUGGUGUUACAGAGAAUGUCACAACAUCGACGACCUUCAUCUCCACCAGCAACGGUACAGCAACACCCUGCCUACAGUGGAGAGACGUGCUGGUGUUGUACUGGGAUGACGUCAGUGACGACUCGGGUGUGGUGAAGGGACUUAAAGAAGCGGGUAUCCCAGUGCGGGUGAUGACGGAUGAUGACAUCGAGGACGUGGCCACGGCCCGCAGUGACGUGGUGUGGGUGGCGCGUGGACAUCGUGUUUGUGGUCUGGAGAGAAAAGUCGUCGUGUGUGUGGUUGAUGUUAAUGAUAUAUAUGACCGACUGCACUUCAUGUCGCGCUGUACAUCACAACUGAUGAUUAUCUCCCGCUGAUAACUACCCGGAUUAUCCUAAUGAAGUGUCACACCUGUCACCUGUUGUACUCUUGGGUCUCUCUUACACCAACACUUGUCCUCAGCUUUUUUUUCUCUUCCUCGUUAUCAUCAUCUUAUGAUGUCAGGCACAUGGAAUAUCUUCUCACAACAUGAAGUCUGUUAUGUCUAGUGUCACCAUCAUAUCACUCCGCCCACACUCUGAGUUUUGUUGAUUCAACAAUGUCACGAUUAUAUCAUUUGGUCACUACACCGGGUCUUAUGUACUUAAACGUAAGGUUAGGUUAAAGGUUGGAGCUGAUGACAUCACUAACAGACUUAUCGCCUUAAAUAAAAUGUCUUAUUAGUUAUAGCCAAUGACAUAUUGAUGGAAGUCUCUAGGUGGUUACUGUUUUAUUUGUCUGUGCGCGCAGACACUACAGACCUGGCCACCUGUGGAGUUCAGACUGGUUGACCUUUCACAUUUGCCCGACUUUAACACAAAUAUUGGACAUCAGAGCCUCGUUCCGUAUUCAAUUGUUUCUGUCUAAUUCAUGUUAUAAACAGAACUACUUUGAAUAGCUAAAACAUAUUUUAUACAAGCAAAAUGAAAUUGCAUGUACCAAUGAAUUUGAUCGUAACUUCUGAGCAUAAUGUAAAAUUUAAUAAAAUACUCUGGUUUUAACUAGAUUUCUCUCUUUGCUUACAGAAUGACUUUUAUACUUAAAGACUACAUUCUAUGCUUGCAAAAUAAGUUAAUAAUUACAAACUGAAUUAUAUUGCUGUAAUACUCAUUUCUUAAUUCUAAAAUGCAUUGCAUACAAAUCAUUCUAUAAUUAUAAAAUAAAUUGUAGCUACAGUUAAAAAAAUCUAAAUUCCCUUGUAUACUUUUUAUACUUUUGAGUAUAAUGUAAAUAAAAUACUUUCGCCCGUUAAUUCAAGGCUGGAGUGCACCCGGGGCCAACAGCUGGACAUUGAAGUUUCGACAUUAGCAAGUUAACCAAGACGAAAAUAAAGAUAAAAAGGCAUCAACGGUGAAAUCGCAGUCAGAUGGCAAGAAUCGAGUCCCUGUCUGUCAUUACUUGCAGUGAAAUCGUCUGUAAAAUGUUUGUUUGUUAAAUAAAACAGUGAGGCCUUUUACUGAGAAGUGUGGAAUCGUCUGCAGACGCUCAGGUGGCAGUUGCUCAUGAAGAUAAGGUGUUUGUGACAUGUAUAACAGAAUUAUUUCUCAUCAACAUUAAUGUCUUUCCCCAAUAAAUGUUCUUCGGUUAAUCAUAUCUUCUCUCCUUCCAUAGAAAUGUUUGUUAUCUUUCCCCUCUCAGUUGUUGUUGAGCUCGUGCCUUCAAACAACACCAACAGGACAAUGUCAGGUCAGCCGUCAUGUCUAGAAUGCUCCAUUAGGUUCUCCAUAAGCUUGUUCAGGUUUGGUUUUUGUCCUUUUGUAACUUUUCAAAUUCAUCUGGAAACAUGCGAGACAAAACUGUUGACUACAGUAUGUAGCGGUUGAUCGUCUGUGACUCACUUGCACCUGAGUAAACAGUUUCUCAAAAUGACAAACGACACCUGCAAUACGGUUGGUUAGAAUCAAAGUAUAAUGUGAGGGGGGCUCUUGCUGCAAGUUACCUUUGUGACAUCAAUUUAUUGGUCAACAAUUGUUUUUAAUUGAAGCGUUUUUGAUGAUUUGAAAAGAAUGCACGUUGAUAAAAGACGAGGGUUCGGCGAAAGUUGAGAGCUGCCGGUGUUGGAGGUAUAAAUACAGUCACAUCUCCUGUCUUCUCAACCACUGCUCUCAUCAGUAACCGCUGUUUGACGACUGCAGGAUAGUAAGUGAAUCUGAUUAUUUCACAUUCUGUUCUCGAGGUAAAGAAGCCAGUCUGAUAUUUAGUUGUGUUUAUACUUGUUUGUUUACACUGAUUUAUAUCAACAAAUUGUACACAUUUUACCUCAAAAUGACAUCUCGAGUGUGUUCUGUGAUGUUUAUUUAUAAAGAGACACAAACAUCAACUCACAGUUGUCCAUUUCACAGGAUAGUACUGCCUCUUAAUUAAUCACAUUAUCAAGAAUUUCCGCUCACGACAGUAAGACAAUAUGACAUUGUCUGUAUAAAUUGUAUUCUGUAAAAUGUUGGUAUAAGCCCACAAUAAAAUAACAAAUGAAGAUAAAAA